ACGAGUUUUGAAAAAUAUAGAACAUACCAAGAGGAAGAGGGUGAGGAUCCAUGGUCGCCUUUUGAGGACAAGGAAGAGUGGGAUCUGGCCCACUGGCUCGUCAAGAACCUUGGUCAGACGCGGACCGAAGAAUUCCUGAAACUGCCCAUAACACAAAACCGCAGCAAACUUUCGUUUCAUAACAACCGCUCGUUCUUGCAGCGCGUGGACAAACUUCCACGCGGCCCAGGAUGGAGUUGUAAGAAGGUGACUGUGCGUGGAAACGUCGAGGAUGAGAAAGGCGAGAUGUUGCAAGAAGAGGUUGAAUUGUGGAGCCGGGACCCUGUAGAAUGUGUGAAAGAGCUCAUUGGCAAUCCUGCCUUCAAAGAACAUAUGGCGUACUCACCUGCAAAAGCAUAUGCAGACCGUGUGGGGCAACAUAGAGUCAUCGACGAGAUGUGGACAGCAGACUGGUGGGGUGAGAAACAGGUAAGACUAUUUGAG